AUGGACGUCCUAGGACUAGAAGACAAACCUAAUGGCGAUCAGAGCGUUGUUUAUGAAGAAUUCCUUGAACAACUCAGCCGCAGCCCUGAGGGUUGGUAUGAAACUGGCCUUCCCUGGAAAGGGGACCAUCCUCCGUUGCCCUCUAACAAGUCUGGAAGCUUAAAGCGACUGGGGAGCCUAGUCCAACGACUUAACAAGACAGGAAGGCUAGACGACUACGACGCUAUCAUACAAGAACAGCUUAAUGAAGGAAUUAUUGAAGAAGCAGAGAUGCCAGCAACUCAAAGAGAAUUCUACAUCCCGCACAAAGCAGUAGUGAGAGAGAGUGCAGAAACUACCAAGAUGCGUAUUGUCUACGAUGCCUCAGCAAGAGCGUACGACUCAGCCCCUUCCCUAAACGACUGUCUGGAAGUUGGACCACCCCUGCAGAAUCAACUAUGGAAGGUACUCCUAAGGGGGCGGUUUCAUUCAGUGGCUAUCGCUGGUGAUAUUCGCAAAGCAUUUCUUCAAGUGCGUAUCCGAGAGCAGGACCGAGAUGCACUGCGGUUUCAUUGGUUGGAAAGCAAGGAUCCUUUUCGUGUUCGCACGUACCGAUUCACCAGAGCUCUGUUUGGUUUGGGACCCUCGCCGUUUCUGCUUGGCGGCGUAAUUCAGCACCAUCUGAACACUUGCAGACCUACACACCCUGAUCGCGUAGCAGAAAUCGAGCGAGAACUGUACGUUGACGAUCUCAUUUCUGGUGGAGGUACUAUCCAAGAAGCGAAACAAAAGAAAGCUACAGCAACUGAGAUGUUCCACCAGGCCACCUUUCACUUACACAAGUGGCAUUCAAACGUGACUGAACUAGAGCUCACUGAAGAAACUGAAACUGGGGAUGACUUAAGCUACGCCAAGCAACAACUCGGAAUCAAGCCGAGAGAAUGUGGGCUGCUUGGUUUAAAGUGGAACAAACUGACGGACGAAGUUGGAGUUACAAUUCCAGAGGAAGUUGCCCAACCGACAAAGAGAGGGAUUCUGGGAAAAGUGGCGAGGAUCUAUGACCCCCUUGGUCUUAUCGCUCCAAUCACCCUGCAAGGAAAGCUUCUGUACCGCGAUGCCGAUGGCAGAAGUGGGAACGUUCCUUGCCGCAACACGUAA